AUGGAAUAUGCUGACCGUCCGAGGACCAUGUGGAUCGAUAAUACUCCUCACUGGUACCGGGUGAGCGAGUCACUAAAGCCGCCUUUGCCAUCGUCCAGCCCCCAGUCCAGCGUCGUAGCGGCCUAUCUCGCCAGCUCCCGUGCAACGCGAAGCCCAAGCACGGCCGCUGAAGCCCAGCUGUUGAUCGAAGAUCCAUGGAGGACGUGGGAGCCGAUCAUUGAGAUUGUCUAUGCACGGCCGGGUCUGGCUGGCCCGUUGGAGGAGCCACAAAGCUGA